ACGUUAAUUCCAAUAGCAGUGUUUUCUGCAAUGCAGCUUGGGAAACCAGUCAGUUGUAAACAUGGCGGCCGCAAUGGGGAGAGUUCUGUCCUUCAGUAGAAAUGCAAAGGUGCUUGUUUCACCUUUGAGGCUUUCUGCUGUCCCUGUUCAUCGCUACAGCGUCGAAUUUGCCACUACCGGCGAGGCCAUUACUCACACGGGACAGGUGUUUGAUGAAAAGGAUCCCAGGAGGGCAAGAUUCGUUGGCAGGCAGAAAGAGGUGAAUGCAAACUUUGCCAUCAAGUUGGUGGCGGAGGAGCCAGUGACUGAAGUUGAGGCCAGGGUGGUGUCCUGUGAUGGAGGUGGAGGAGCCCUGGGCCAUCCCAAAGUCUACAUCAACCUGGAUAAAGACACAAAAGUGGGCACAUGUGGCUACUGUGGAUUACAAUUCAAGCAUAAGCAUCAUCACUGAAACAUUUCCUCAGCUUUGUUUCUCUGUUUAAAUUGCCAUAUUGGUUAAUAAAUGAUAUGUUGUACGUGU